AUGGCCGCAGCCACAGAGUCGUCGCAGCAACUCAGCGACGCCCUCGUCGCCUUCUCCCUCGAGGGCCGCUUUCCCGAGGACAUCUCCCACCUGCCUCCCGUCUCCGAAAUCAACCUACAACCAGCGAUCCAGGCCCUAGCUGAGGCCAAAAAAGCCCUCGAGACCGAGCUCACCACCCUCGACGAAGAGACAAAAGAAGACGCUAGCUCAUGGGCCAGAAACCACAAGACCCUGCAAGAAGACAUCAUUCGCUCAAGGACUAUUGCCAAUGAUAUUGUGCGGCAGUCCGAGGCUCCAGACGUCUCAGGCGAAUCCAUCGACGAUGCUGAGGAGAAGGCCCAGUUCUUAAAUCGAGAGGUCCAGUACAGCCAGCAGCUCCACAGUGUCUUGCGAAGGAUUCAAAAGGUCAACGGGCUGCUUGCAGAGGUUGAGGUCGCAAAAGAUGAGCGCCGCAUCCUCGAUUCAUUGCAUCUACUUGAAAAAUCAUGGAUCGCCAUCGAUGAAGUCGGGGUCAGCAAAACAUGCCGGGUCAUGAAGUUGCUCAAUAUACGGAGCUUCGAGCUCAAGUCUGCCGUUCACGAAGUGUUCGAUCAUGUUUGGAAGGCUUUAGUCCAUGUCAAUAUUGACUCCCGGCAGAUUGCCGUCUACAAUGACAUCGAGGGUGAACAGAUGAAUCUCGCCGAUGCUGUUGUUGGUCUAAAGGCGUAUAAGGAAGUUGAUGAACGGAUGGAGCAACUGUGGCGGAACCUGGACGGCGCAAUUGUGUCUCCUCGUAUGGAUAGCGGAAGCGAUGCUCUCCCCAAAGUACAAGUACAGGAUGACGUCUUGCAGUUGUCGGGGCAGGCUGACCACACAGUCGAAGCUCUGCUAUCCGACCUUGAAAUCAUUUUCGCCUUUCUUGCUAAACACCUCCCCUCGGAUCUGCUGCCUUCACUCGGCAAAUUCAUGAUGGCUGAUGUCAUCCCAAGACUCAUUGGAGGAUGGCUCGACUCGGUUGUCCCUUCGGCGUUGAAGGAGAUGGGGAAUUUCCAGGCAACGAUUGAGAGGGCACGGGAAUUCUGCGAAGCUCUGGAGAGGGAUGGGUUCAUUGGCUUCGACGAGCUGAAGAACUGGGUGGAUAACGCCCCCUCGAUCUGGCUCGGGAAAUGCCGGGAAACGACUCUUGAUACGGUCCGGUCCAGACUCCUGGGCGGGAUUGGCAAUCCAAAAGAAGUCGAAAAGAUCGAGAAGCAGAUGGUGUCCAUUUCAGAGGGCAAGGAACUCAGCAAAACUUCGGGGGCAGCGGCCACUGCCGAAUCCAAUGAUUGGGGUGACGCGUGGGGCGAAUCAUGGGAUGAGGACAAAGACCAGGCUGAUGAUUCAGCCAACCCCGAAACCAAGGCCCCUGGUGCCUCGAAGACCGACGAAGAUGACGGUGCAGAUGCCUGGGGCUGGGGCGAUGAGGACAAUACCGAGGAGUCCUCGGAGGGCAAGAAAGAGGCGGAAAAAGUGGAGAAGAAAGAUGAUGAAAAGGACGACGAUGAAGACGACAGUGCCGCAGCUUGGGGAUGGGGCGAUGAUGAGACGGCUCAAGAAGCAGAACCAGAGCCGGUGGCCCCUAGAAGCAAGCCAACCAAGGCACAGGAGCAGACCAGAGAGCUCGUCCUCCGGGAGACGUACAACAUAUCCUCCAUGCCCGAUCCUGUGCUCGAACUCAUCUCGGCCAUCCUAGAGGACGGCGCCAAGCUCACUAGAGAGGACAACGAGCAUACAUCCGUUGCGGCCACAGCACCGGGUCUCUUCAGUUUACCCACCUUCGCUCUGGCUCUGUUCCGGGCCAUCUCUCCCUACUAUUAUUCAUUCAGCGAUGGCGGCAAUAUGUUCCUAUACAACGAUGCCAUGUACCUGGCAGAAAAUCUCACCGAGUUCUCUGACGGCUGGAAGAAGCGUGAAGACCUUACUCCACGAGCCCGGAACAUGCUCCGUCUUGAUAAUGACAUCAAGAGCCUUCAGAACUUCGCGAAUCGCAGUUAUGCCAACGAGAUGAACAUUCAGAAGACAAUUCUGCGUGAUCUCCUCGGCGGCUCACAAAGUGUAAUGCAACAAGACGAGACCGAGUCAUGUAUCGAGUCGGGAACCGCGCGCAUCCGUACCAUGGCUGCCACCUGGGAGCCAAUCCUCGCCCGCUCUGUUUGGACCCAGGCCAUUGGCUCCCUCGCAGAUACACUCGCCACAAAACUCAUUACCGACGUCUUAGAGAUGCCCUCCAUCGGCCAGGACGAGGCCUACAACAUCGCCAAGCUCAUAACCACGGCUACCGAGCUUGAUGACCUCUUCCCAGGUAGUGGCGGCAAGGACUCUCAUCCCGAGACAGCACAGUUUGCCCCCAGUUGGCUACGGCUGAAAUAUCUCAGCGAAGUGCUGCAGAGUAACCUGAACGAAGUCCGUUACAUGUGGUUCGAGAGCGAGCUAAGUCUGCACUUUGCUGCCAGGGAGGUCAUCGACCUGAUUGAGGCCAGCUUUGAGGCAAAUGCGCGAACGAGGGAGACGAUCCGCGAGAUUCAAGCCAAACCAGCGCCUCUGGCUGGUUGA